CUCAGGUGGCCGUGUUGCUGAUGGACACGCAGGGAACAUUUGACAGCCAAUCCACGCUCAGGGAUUCCGCCACCGUGUUCGCCCUGAGCACCAUGAUCAGCUCCAUGCAGGUUUACAACAUUUCCCAGAAUGUACAGGAGGAUGACCUCCAACACUUGCAGCUUUUCACGGAGUACGGAAGGCUAGCGAUGGAGGAAACUUUCCUAAAACCUUUCCAGUCCCUGAUUUUCCUGGUCCGAGACUGGAGCUUUCCAUACGAGUUUCCCUACGGACAGGAGGGGGGGAUAAAGUUUCUAGAGAAAAGACUGAAGGUCAGUGAGGGCUGA